CGGUCAAUGGCGUAAUUUCAUCAGAGACGUUGACGUGCCAUGGCUGCAGCAAAACAAUGUGUCAAGGAGUGAUAAAGGACAAAUUAGUUUAUUUUGAAAACCUCAGCCGGAAGUCUGUUUGUUUAUUCGGGCUAGCUGAAAUGCUACAUUGAUCAGCUCUUUCCGUGGUGUAAGAAAGCCGUGUUUUCUGGGAUGUAUGUUACGAGACACUGUUUGUGACGAGCGGCCCGGUUCGUGUCGUCGGUGAAAAGCGUCGCGUGCUCAUUGUUUCCUCCAGAAAAUAAAAAAGGGAACCGCUUCCCCUUCUGGUGCCUAAACGGGGGUAACGAGAGAUGCCUGCCUUCUGCUUCACGACCACCCACCAUAUGAUGCCUGCCUGAGGGAACAUAAUGGACAAUGGCAAACCAAGUCGUGUAUGUCUUCCCCAGCGGAUCAGUGAAUCGUCCAAGGUGUGUGUGUCAGACUCUGACACAUGCAUGAAGGUGUUCCGCUGGGGGGAUCAAGCUGCGGCGGUGUUGCAGGGCCUCAACGAGCAGCGGCAGCACGGACUGUUCUGCGACGUGUUGCUGGUGGCGGACAACCAGCGGGUCCCUGCUCACCGAGCCCUGCUGGCCGUCUCCAGCACGUACUUCCACGCCAUGUUCACCCUGGGAAUGAGGGAGGAACGCCAGCAGGAGGUUGAACUGGUUGGGAUGUCUUGCAUCGGUCUGAACGCUGUUGUGGACUUCCUGUACAGCGGAGAGCUGCCAUUGGAUGGAGGAAACAUUGAGCAUGUGCUGGAAGCUGCCCACCUUCUGCAGGUGUGGCGCGUGGUGGAUUUCUGCUGCCAAUUCCUGGAGAGGGAGGUGAGCGAGGACAACUACCUGUACCUGCAGGAGCUGGCCCUGCUCUACAGCCUGGAGCGGCUCGACGCCUUCAUCGACCGCUUCGUCCUCGCGCGCUUCGCCGCGCUCUCCCUCACUCCCGACUUCCUCCGCAACACCCCGUCACACAAACUGGCGUCCUACCUCUCCAGUGGCCAGGUCCAGCAUGACGGUGAGCAGGAGCUCUUCCAGGCCACCUUGAGGUGGCUCGGUGAGGCCCCCGAUCGGAUGACCCACGCCGCACGGCUCCUCGCCCACGUCCGCUUCCCCCUGAUGCCAACGGCGGAGCUGGCGGACCGGGUGCUGCCGGCGCUGCGGGCCCUUCCGACGGAGGAGGCCGGCUGCGAGGCCCUGGUGAAGGAAGCCCUGGUGUACCACGCCAGGCCCAGUGCCCAGCCGCUCCUGCAAACAGGACGCACCAAGCUGAGGGGGGGAGCAGAGCGGCUGCUGCUGUCCGGAGGAGAGGUGUCGGAACGUGGCGAGGAGCUGAGCGCCAAUGUCUGCCAGCUGAACAGUGAAACGGGGAUCUGGGAGGUGGAAACCGAGCUGCCGACCAAGCGGAGCCACCACUGCCUGGCAGUGCUGGGGGGCUUCAUCUUCGCCGCCGGGGGAAGCUCGUCCAGGGACAACGGAGCCGCCUGCAACCUGCUGUACCGAUACGACCCCCGCCACAACCUGUGGACCCUGGGUGCUCCGAUGAACGAGCGGCGAAUGCAUUUUUACCUGGGGGCGGUGGGAGACUGUCUGGUCGCCGUGGGAGGGAAUAACAAUGCCAAAGCAUCGUCCUCUGUGGAGGUUUACAGUCCCGCUGAAGACUGCUGGUCCUACGUGGCAGGACUGCCCAGCUUCAUUUACGGCCACGCUGGGACGGUCCACCGCGGUGUAGUCUACAUCUCUGGCGGUCAUGACUUUCAGAUCAGCCCAUACCGCCGCAACGUCCUGAGCUACGAUCCGUCGCGGGACGGCGAGGUGUGGGUGGAGCGCCGGGCCAUGUCCGUGGCGAGGGCCUGGCACUGCAUGGCCUCACCUAACCACCUCAUCUACGCCAUCGGGGGCAGCGACAACGACGAGGACACCACGGAGCGCUUUGACAUCCGUCAGGUGGAGUGUUACGACCCGCGCAGCGGCCAAUGGACGCGGGUGGCGCCGCUGCUGCGGCCCAACAGCGAGGCGGGGCUCGCAGUCUGGGCGGGGAGGAUCUACGUGCUUGGGGGCUACAGCUGGGAGAGCAUGGCGUUCUCCAGGGCCACUCAGGUGUACGACCCCGAGGAGGACGCGUGGUCCAGAGGCCCCGACCUGCCCAAAUGCAUCGCAGGGGCCUCGGCAUGCGUGUGCACUGUGAAGAACUCCCCAUCGUCACCCUCUCCGGAGACAAAGAAGAAGGGACAAGGGAUGACAGGAAGAUUACUCCCCACGUAGCAGCAGUGAUGAAGGACUUUCUCCUUCAAAACAGUUCUGAUACAUGUUUUUAACAGAAGAAACAUCAUUUGUUAUGGGUUUUUCUUUGUUAAGAAAAUCUGAUUAGUAAGAGGGAUGUAUUCUCUCUGCUUUCAUUUAUAAAUCUCCUACAAGACCUUCAGAUGAGUGACACACUGCAUGCCUGAGUAUUAACACUGUAUAGAUAUACUACAUACAUAUAUUUGGUGGCCAGACUACCAAAAGGAGAAUUGUCGCCUCCCCCCAACCAGUCAAGUUGCAGUUUACAUGCACGUCUGUCCAAAAUGUCGUCACUUCAUCAUUUUUUAUAGAAAUUGUCAUAAUAAUAUAAUAUAAUAAUGGAUUCUUGAGCUAUGGCCAAAAACGUGUUGCUUGAGGUCAAGGGAACCGUUGACCACCAAAUUCUAAUCAGUUUAACCUUCUAGUGGACGUUUGAGAAGACAUCCCCUGCAGGUGUUCCUGAGACAUUCACGGGCUGUUGUCCCUCAAACAUCAGUCAGUCGGACAAAGAGCGCGUUGCCACUUCCUCUGGAGCACAAAACUAUAUUCAUUCAAAUGACCGUUUAUUCGUUAUUUUCAAUGUGAUCUCACAGAAAUACGAUCGCGACCUCUCAACACUGCAUUACGUAAGUUACUGUCACGUACGUUCUUUUUUCAGAAUGAUUUGCUGGAGCAUUUUGUGAGUCUCAACUGGAUAAAUUGUCUUUAAUUAGGAUGCAACAAUGCAGACAUACAGUAUUUCAUUCAUGACACAAACACACUAGAAAAUGAGGUCCCGACUCUUCAGAGCUCAUGGAUGACCUGAUAUUGGUCCAGUCCCAUUCAGUGACGUCACAUUUGAAAGAUCCGUGUUCACAUUCUUGACCCUAACACAGCGUGUGAUACGGAUACUGUGGGGAGGCGCCAUGUAGCCGGCCUUGAGUAGUCCAGUAGUACUGGAUCCGCUGUGGCGUCUCUUGACUCCGCCCUCCUGACGGCCUCAUACGAAGGGGUAGUACGGAUGACACUUGAUUCUGAGAAACGGAACAACAGUCGUGAGAACAGCGGUUCGUUUGCAGAACACUACUGCAGCAGGUCCACUUACUCCUCGAGCAUACAGGCCCUCCACCCCCGGUCCAGUCCUCUCAGGGCUCUCAUGUCUUCUUCCGUCAGACUGAAGUCAAAGAUCUGCACAAACACCAAAACUGAUGUGACAGACAACUAUACUGAUGCUCGUGUUUAUUUGUUUUACGUCUGAGACAACAUUAUGUUAUCAUUCUUGUAGUGCAGUAAUAAACAUGGUGAAAUACA